AUGAUGAAUUAUGAGGCUCUUUGUUUAAUCAGUCUACUUGUGUCAGGAAUCUCCUCUCAUUCUUCUGAAGGCUUCUCUGUAUCUGCUACAUCUGCUGAAUCUUUGGCAAGUCAGGAGGAUGACUUAACCCAAUCCGUAUUGACAAACACUGUCUCCUCUCGAUCUACCAAAGACAAACGCUGUUCAAGGAAUAGCAUCAAUUUAGGAAAGCUCAUUGAUACUCUUCUCACGGACUACGAUGUUCACCUAUUACCAGAAGCUGAGGGUGUCAAUGUUACGAUAGAAUUGCAUGUUCAGGGGGUGUCAGGAAUUUCUGAAAUCACUGGGGAUUUCUCCUUAGAUGUCAUGUACAGUGAAAUAUGGCAAGAUCCUAGGCUUUCAUUCAAGCAUCUGAAUGUUUGUGCAACAAACAUAACUUUGAAGUCUGAUUUUCGCAAAAAAAUAUGGACUCCUGACACUUGUAUCAUUAAUUCCAAAUCGUCUUCGAUCCAUAGCUCUCCUUCUGAAAACACUUUUGUCAUUCUCUAUGAGAACGGCCUUGUAUGGAGCAACUUCCGGCUGAACGUCAAAACUCCAUGUUCAGUAAACUUGAAGAUGUUCCCCUUUGAUUCGCUUUCCUGUGAGAUCGUCCUGGAGAGUUAUUCCUUCAACACCGAUGAAGUUCGAUUGUUAUGGCACGAUGUGCCUAUAACGAUGAUGGAAAAAGUGGAGUUGCCUGAUUUUGAUCUGAUUGGAUGGUCAACCGAUCAUCAACGUCUAGAAUAUCCUAACGGAAUCUGGGACAGAGCAAAAGUCAAAUUCACUUUUGCCCGUCGUUACGGCUUCUACCUUUUCCAAUCGUAUUUCCCCACUUCCCUAACUGUUAUCAGUUCCUGGGUUGGAUUCUUCUUCGAUGUUCGCUCGGUAUCGGCUAGAAUUACUUUGGGUGUAUCAUCAUUGCUCGCCUUAACAUUCCAAUUCGGUAAUGUUCUUCGUCAUUUGCCUCGUGUGAGUUAUAUAAAGUGUUUGGAUGUUUGGAUGAUAUUUUCUGUGAUUUUCAUUUUUUGUACAUUAGUUGAGCUGGCAAUUGUUUGUCAAUUGAAUAGAUGGGAAAGAGAACGUCAAAUUGGCUCGAAAGUCUUAGGGCACUGGCUGAAUCAGAUCAGGAAAACGAGGAAGAAUGAAGCGAAGUCGAACGGUCAGACAGACGGUGCUCAACCAACUAAGAAAGGUUUUAACUGGGGAAGUCUCGGAGCUUCGGCAGGUGCAGGAAAUGGCGGAGUUGUCGCUUCCGAUUCCACCACAAGCACGAUUGUUCAUCGUGAGAAAUCGAAUGAAGUUGACGGAAGUCCCUUCAUCAUGCAUUCCUCAGCAGAUCAUGAUUAUUCAUAUGAAACUGUGAAAAAGAAGAGUCGAUGGAGAAAUUGUAUCCAGCGACUCGUGUAUGCUCUCUGUCCUCCCGACAGAGAUUGGACAGUUACUUCUGUACAGGUAGACCGGUGCUCAAUGAUUAUGUUCCCCCUCUCAUUUCUAGUCUUUAACGUAGUAUAUUGGUCCAUUUAUUUCAUGAAAAUGGAUCGGCCAAUGUGA